CUUAAAGACGUCGUUAAGGUUUAGUUGCGUCACGUACACAUGCAAAACCAAAAUGUCAAUACUAUCAAUGUGAAUGGAAGCAAGAUAAACUUAGAUUAUAUAAUAAUACGCUAUAAUUAUAAAUAUAUGAUAUUAUUUUGUAGCACUUUAGCGUAUGCUACAAAAGCAAAGAUUAUUCUGUAUAUUUUUUAUCUUUUCUCAGAGAGAAUUAAAAUAUGGCAUCGUAUAGUCAACCUUUAUAUUGCGAUGAGAGUUGUAGUCAAUAUCCCUAUAUCGGCAGGGUAUCCGUAGGAGAAGAGGACAGUGUUGACUUCAUUUAUCAAUUUGUGAAGAAAAGAUUUGUUGCCAAGAACCACAGGAAUAAUAGCAUAUUUCAUACUGCUCCUGACGUGAUUGGGCCACCCAAAUUUCAAAGCUAUGGAGAACUAUUUUAUUUACCAUUUUUUCAAGGAGGUAUGAUGAGUACUUUUGAUGAACAUAUUUCAACAUCUCCAUGGGAAAACAGAAGUCCUGAAAGUAACCUUGAUUUUGCAGAUCGCUGUGGCGAGAUAGAAAAUAAUUACAUUGAUAUUGAGUUUCAUGAAGCUGUAUAUCCGAUCAGAGUCUCUAUUUACGAAAUACUUAAUCCUGGAAGAGUAAUUCAAAUUUGGGCUCAAGAUUCUAAUAAUCAGUGGUUUCAGUUGUGGAAUGGGUCGCCUCAGAUUGUGUCCCCAACAUCAAGAUUAUUUUCCCCGCCCUUAUCGCACCCGUGUAAAUUUAAAACCAAAAUGCUCAAACUAGUAUUUAAGAACAACCCACAAACUUUCCCUAUAACUUACACAAAGCUAGAUGCUGUGAUGCUUAUCGGUACAUCAGAUUUGAUUCUUCCUAGAAAUACUAACGAGAGUUUAACUAAUCUGUUCAAAGAAAUUAACUGCAUGGACUCCCUUCCAUUCCAUGAAGAUGAUAAUUUAACAGCAGAUUUAAAAAAUGUACACUCGGAUAUAGUUUAUCUGCAAGAACAUUUUCCUGAAUAUUGCGUUAUUUUUAAAAGCGAUGCAGGGACUUCUCGUGAGGUAAUCCCUGAUUAUGUGCAACCUCUUGGACAGAAAUACUCGCGUUGUCUUUUAUCAAAAGGUCAUUCGAAUAACGCACAGAGUAUGAAACUCUCUUUGGGUGAAUCCAAGAAGCUGUUACGUUGCAGUAUACUUGCGCUUUCUGAUGAAAUACUACUAAAAAUAUUGAAAAACUUAGAUUUGACGACGUUAUGCCGCAUGAAAUAUGUAGAUGAACGCUUUAAAAAUUUAAUACAGGACUAUGAACUCUAUACAUGUUUGAACGUGCGAAAUGUAUGUCGUACAGAUAUGCACGAUAUAUUUUGUUACUUUACACCUAGAUGUAAAUAUUUACAACAGUUAGAUCUUACAGGAAGUAAGUUUGAUGUUAGGGAUUUCAUAAACUUUCUUGAUAAUUGCGGCAGGCGUUUAACGCACUUAAGAUUAACUGGAUGCUGUUCAUCUGUCGACAAUUGUGCCCUACUUAAAAUUUCAGAGAUAUGUAAAAAUUUGAAAGAAUUGGAUCUAGAAAGUUGUGGUUGCCUAGACGACGAAGGAUUUUCAUAUCUCGAGAAGCUAAAUAGUUUGGAACAUUUAAAUCUUUAUGACACAUAUAUAACAUCUGAACGUCUUUACAAAAUACUGCAAAAAAAUCAAUGGAUGCGUGAUUUAUGCGUGUUCGCAUCUUCAUUGCGUACAACAAACCUAGACCUAGAGGCAGAUGCAAUAAAAUUGAGAAAUUCAUGUCCUAACUUGGAAGUAAUAGAUUUAUAUAGGACAAUUAAUCAUACGCCGACAAGUAUUAACGUUCUCGCUGACUGUAAGAAUUUACGAAAAGUGUACCUUCCCCAACUCGGAUGCUCAAUCGCUGAUGAUAGUUUGUAUAAAUUACUUUCUUCCUGUCAACGCUUGGAAGCAGUUUGUUUGUGCCGUAUUGUCCUCACUGAUCGCAAUUUGGAAUUACUAACGCAGUGCAGAAACUUGAGAUGGUUAUAUCUGUAUCAAGUGAAACUUGAUAAAUAUUCACCUGAUAAAUAUUCCGUUAUUUUCGAACAAUGUCCUAAACUGCAAGAGUUACGUUUUAUAUUCUGUAAAAUUAGCGAUUGUUUGGUUAACGAAUGGAAAGAAAGAUAUCCGUAUGUAUCCGUCUAUACAUUCGACCACGGUCUUACAUAGACCGUGCAUUCGACGACUGAUGAUUUGAGUUGUUUUUGUUUAUUAUUUUGAAAUACUAGUGUAUAAAAAUCAAUUAACCUUUUAAAAAUUAUCUGGUAAAACUAGAUUGUAGGGGAAAGAGGGUUAAGAUGACGAAUUGCUAAUUUGUCUAAACUAUAACAGAUAACGAGUUGAUGCAGACUCAUUAAAGACUUUAGAUAAUAGCACAUAAUCUCUUGUAGUUUGAUUUCAAUCUGUCCACAAAAGUGAAUAAUAUAUAUAAGAAAUGUGUUCUGGAUGCACCUAUAUGUAAUUUUUUUGUUUAUAAGGAAGGACUUAAUUAUAGUAAAUACUUUCACUUUUUAAAUAAAAUUACAGUAAAGUAUAGCUAAGAAUGUAUAGAAUGACAUACUAGCAUUUUUCAUUUUUCGCAUUGCAACAUUUUUAUUAAAUGAAAAAAAUAAAUACAAUGACUGCGAGUAAGAUGACGAACGUCAUGCGUGAUGUGCAAGAUAACGUAUCCGUAAAUGCAGUUAUAAUUGUUAAUGUGCAUUGUAAAUGUGACCGCGACAAAUUAGUUAGUUUAUUAAUAUUGGUUACCUGUGUAACACUAAAACAAUAUAAGAAGUUUAUUACAAUAAAAUAAAUCUUUUAAAUUUUCGUAAAAAAAGUAUAUUUUUAACUUAAUUUGACUUUUCGUUAUCUUAUUCACUACUA